AUACCUUUAACUCUACCUACCUCAGGUAUGCUUGCAUAUACAGAUCCGCGCGUAGGACAAUACGACAUUUACAAUCUUUUCAUCAGUCACACCAUCAACAUACGCAUCCUUGAUUUUCGAUUACCGAUAAAUAUAUACGAUAUUGCGAUAGACAAUACCCUCAUCCCAAAAUGGACGCCGCCUCGAUCGAGGAGACAAACCGUCUCCGGGUCUCCCUCGGCAUGAAGCCCUUGCCUGUUCCUGGAGCAGCCGGUCCACAAUUCAAAGAGAAAUCCCCUCCUCCCGAAGAUGGGGAACCCGCAAGUACUCUUGAGACUCGAGAAGCUGCUGCAUACGACAACUAUAGAAAAGUUCAGGACGCUGAAAUUGCGAAGAAACGGCGCGAAGAAAAGGCUGCGGCUAUCAAAAAGGCGCGCGACGCGGCGAAACGAUUCGAAUACUUAGAAGGGAAGGGUCUCGGAGAAGCCGAUGGAGAUGACGAUACAGACGCUAAGUCAUGGCUGAUCAGUCAGAAGAAGCGACAGAAAAAGAUCGAGAAAUCUCGGAAAGAGGAUGAAGAGUCCGAAGCUGCGAAGGCAGCGGCAGCUGCCGCUGCUGAGUACACAUCAAAAGACCUUGCAGGUGUCAAAGUGCGACAUGAAAUGGAUGCAUUUGAGGACGGCGACGAACAAAUUCUCACACUUGCUGAUAGAGAUGUUCUGGCAGACGAUGACGAGGGCGACGAACUAGAGAAUGUGCAGCUACUAGAACGUGAGAAGCUGAACGAGAAACUCAACUUGAAAAAGAAGAAGCUUGUUUACGAUCCCAACGAUAUCAACGACACUAGCGAACAGAAUAUCCUCUCUCAGUACGACGAGGAGAUCAGUGGCAAGAAGGUCAAACGUUUCACACUAGAUGGACAAGGCAACACGAAACAGCCUACCUUAACACUAGGGCAACAAGAGACUUCACACAUUCAGAAGAUUAAUCUCGACUUUUUGGAUGAGGUGCAGCCGAUUUCGGACUAUAUAGAUGCCUCCGAGAUCAAGGUUAAGAAGCCCAAGAAAAAGAAGUCCAAGUCUACUAGGCAAAGACCUGUAGAUGAGGAUGAAAUUUUCCCAGCCCAGGCAGUUGAAGAUCAAUCUAUGGACAUUGAUUCAGGCGCUGAAUUUAUCAGCCGAAAACGUACAAUUGAGGAUGCUGGGUUCGUCGACGAUGAGGAUUUACAAGCAACUUUAGCUGCACAAAGGCGUGAGGCUCUGAAGAAGCGAAAGAAGAACCGCCCACAGGAUAUUGCACGCCAACUACGCGAGGAAGUACACAACGAGGAGACAAGUGCCAAAGAAAACCAGGAUGGUGGACUCGUCAUUGAUGAAAUUUCCGAAUUUGUUUCAGGCCUGACAAAAGAGGACAUUGAAGAGCGCAAGGCGCAGAGAGCGAAAUCGCCUCAGCUCCAGGCGAUCACAGCCAUGGAAGAUGAAUUAGACGAAGAUGAGCCGAUGAAGGAUGGAGAUGACGCCGAUGAAGCGCAAGUCAAGCAGGAGUCACCUGCACAAGGAGAAGCAGCUGCAAUUGGCGUAGACGAAGAAAAGACCAUUGGCACGGGUAUCGGCGCGGCUCUCCAACUUCUGAGGGAGCGUCGCCUUGUCGAUAAUGCAGGGUCAGGCGAAUUGAACGAAAGUUUCCGUCAUCAACAAUCGUUUCUCGCCGAGAAGCGCAGGCGGUUGGAAGAAAUUGAACAAGCCACACGUCAUCAGCGUGAGCGAGACCGCCAAGGUGGUCGUUUGGACCGCAUGUCGGUCCAAGAACGCGAGCAAUGGGCCCGCCAGCAAAAUAAUAUCCGAGACCAACAGACUUCCCGGCAACUAGCUGAAUUGUUUAAUAAGGACUACAAACCGAGCGUUGAUCUCAAGUAUGUCGACGAAGACGGCCGUCUACUAGGCCAAAAAGAUGCUUUCAAACAUCUAAGUCACGCAUUCCAUGGAAAAGGAUCAGGGAAGGGCAAGACAGAUAAACGAUUGAAGAAGAUCGAAGAUGAGAAACGACAUGAGGCCCAAAGUGUAUUGGACGCGAGUCAGAAUGUUGGCAUGAGUUCAGCUGCUGCCCAUCAAACUCGUACACGACGAGAGGCGGGUGUUAGGCUGGCGUAGAGAAGCCUUAGAAACCACAAAGGUGCUUUACCUAUCCACUUUACCUAUAGCAAUGCAAUCUUCCAUCAAUUGAUGCUGACACUUAAAUCGAAGCUCGGUCAAUGCUAGGUGAAACCUUCUCUUACGCCCCUUUGCGUGAUGCUAAUGGAGACAGACCAUAUUGGACUUGCUUAACAUUUGACGUUAUUUUAGUGACUCUUUCGUUGCUGAUU